UUUCAGUGUGCCCGCUUUUGUUGGUAUACUUUAGAAAUUCUAUUUUAGUGCAAGCAAUUCAAUUCCUUUAAAAUGAGGUACAGAUGGAUUCAAUUUGUGUGCAUUGUCUUGUGUGCUCGAAGCUUAGCAGGGGCAAUGAUGGGAGGCACGACAGAUUUUGAAUUAGACAAUGUUGAACAAUUUGGUGAAGAUGUUGUUGUGGCGGAUGCAGUUUUUCGAGGAGUCUAUGUUGGAAUAGUACGAAUGAUUCAACGUGUUAAUGACGAUGACAGUGGAGCUCCAACCACAACAGUGAUGGUUCGAGUCAAACACAGAGCAAAUGAUUCUUCGACUCCAAAUCACAUGUGGCAUGUUGAACAUGAUCCAAUAACAGGAGUAGAUUGUGCUGCUGUUAACAAACAUUUCGCUCCUUUCGGUAUCACAAAGCAGCCCAAUUAUACAACCUAUUGUUCCGGUGUUUCCCCAGACUAUUGCGAAAUUGGCGAUAUAAGCACUAAAACUACUUUGACAAGUAUUGGAAAAGAUGUCGUCAGCUGGUACAAUGUGCCAAUGCUGCCAGUCGUCGGUCCAUGGACGGUAAUCGGUCAUUCUGUUAAUAUACACGGAGGUUACAAAUCAAAAGUGCGGCAAGCUUGUGGGAAUAUUGCGUUAAAUACAAAAAUGACUCCUGCCAGGGUCGUCUCAGUGAACGUGAAAAUAUCGCAACCGGUAUUGGACAUCGAAACAGUUCGAGAGGCACGAAUAAGAAUUGCAGAAGAACUUGGACUCGCAGUUUCAAAAAUCCAAACCGCUGGCGGACUUUACGAUACAGGAACCAAUUGCACAACCAUAAAGUUUCUCGUCUUCGGCUAUGGAACUUAUGACGAAAAAAUUCUCCUCCAAAUACAAAAUGGAAAGCGAAGCAUUGGUGCCCUUUCACCAGUCGGUUGCACUAUAAAUGGCCAGAUCAUUCAAAAGGCUGAUUCUAGAAAGACAUGCGCCAAUAAUGAUGGCAAAAAGGAGGAAAAAGCAAAAACAGAUGAAAACGCAGUUGAAGACGAUUAUAUAUAUGCAGAUGCUGUAUUUAAAGGAGUUUACGAAGGAAUUGUUAGAAUGAAACAAAAAGUAACAUCAAGUCAGAAUGGUUUUCCAGUGACAAAUGUGAUGGUCAGAUUGAAGCAUCCUGCAAACGACACCACAACUAUAAACCACAUGUGGCAUGUUGAGCAUGAUCCAAUAGCAAACAUAUCUUGUUCUCCUGUCAACAAGCAUUUUGCACCAUUUGGAAUUACAAAACAGCUCAACUAUACAACCUAUUGUUCCGGAAACACUCCUGAUUAUUGCGAGAUCGGCGACAUUAGUACGAAGACAACUUUGACAAGUGUUGGAAAAAAUGUCAUCAAAUAUUAUAAUGUCCCUCUUCUUCCAGUAGUUGGACCUUAUACAGUGAUUGGUCAUUCUGUCAACGUCCAUGGAGGCUUUAAAUCAAAAAUUAGGCGGGCUUGUGCUAACAUUGUUCUGAACACGCGAAUGACAAGAGCACAGAUAGUAAAUAUUCCAGUGAAGUUUCCUGAAUCUCUGAAUCUGAAAGAUUUAGUUGAUGCAAGAAUUAUAAUGUCAAAGGAAUUGGGAGUACCGUUAUCAAAAAUUCACACGGCUGAGAGAUUGGAUAUGAUAACUAAAGGAUGCACAAAUAUGACGUUUCUUGUUUUCGGAAGAGGUAAAGCAUGUCCUAUUGCGUUAGAAAAACUACAAAAUGGAAGGAUAAAUAUCGGAACGUUGUCGCCAAAAGGAUGCGGAUAUUUUACGGAUGCCGGUACCACUGCAGCACCAGGGAGAGAUAAAGCAUUUCUCACUGCGGUAGAAAAGCUACAAAAUGGGAAGGUAAAUAUCAGGACUUUGUCGCUGAAAGGAUACGUGACUUCCACGAAUGCCGGUACCAUUGUUUCACCAGGCUUGGGCUUGCUUCUGAUUUUACCAUCAGUUGCAAUGUUCUGCGAACAUUUGCAUUGAAUUUUGAUGAAAUGGCAUUAGUGGCAGAUGAUGAAACAUAUAAUCAGUCAUGAUCUAAUCUUGGUAUCAUAUUCAGCCAAGAAUUAGAAGUUUAAAAACUAUUGUGUAG